GGUAUCCGCAGAAAAGUGAACUUACUGAAUCACAUGAACCUGUGCGAGCAGCAGCAGAUUUGCGAUCCCUAAAGAUGAAAACUGAAGAAAAGUCUAUGUGAAUCAUAUGAGUGCAUACCAUCAGAAUGGAACAGUUCCCACGUGCCCACAUGGUGGCUCACACAGCCUCACCUUCAACUGUAUCAACAACACAACACACCACCACCAUGAAUGCUUAUAGUUACAGUGGUUUAGAAGAAUUCCUUGUGCCUCCUGUGCAAGUUGAACUGAAGGGCAAUGUAGCAAAGCAAAUCAGUCAACAAGUGCAAAAUGUACAUUUUACAAAUGUAGCCCAACUGCAACCAAUGCAGCUUACAGCAACUGCUCCAACUCCAAGAAUUUCUGAGAGUCCAGUAUCUGCUUUAGGAUCCCAAAUAGGAACACCUGUUGAGCCUCCAAGACCUAAACCCUCACCAAGACCCCGUGUUCGUAGUGGUACUGGAGAACGUGUGAAGUGCUCUGAUUGUGGAAAAUCUUUAGCAUGUGGAGCAAAUCUUGCUGAGCAUAUGCGUACUCAUACAGGAGAACGUCCUUUUGUGUGUGACGAAUGUGGAGCUUCCUUUGCUGCCAAAUCAAAUUUAAGGACUCAUAAACGACUGCACACUGGUGAAAGGCCAUACAUGUGUGGUGUUUGUGGUAAAACUUUUUCUCAGAGUUCUCACCUGCCUAGCCAUAUGAGAGUGCACACUGGAGAAAGACCUUACAAGUGUCCAGAAUGCCCCAAGUCUUUCUCUUCAAGCACUACCUUAAGAAAUCAUCUCCGCAUUCACAAGGGUGAUUGCCCAUUCAGGUGUGAGUUAUGUGGACGAGGGUUUGUUUGUAAAUCAUGGCUACAGGACCAUUAUAAAGUUCAUACUGGAGAAAAGCCAUUCCAGUGUGAUACCUGUAGCAAGUGGUUUAAAGAUAAAUCAUAUAUAACUAAACAUAAAAUAAAGUAUUGUGGUAAUGAUGGCUACAAAAAGCGUUGGACAAGACCUGGUGUUAAGAAACCACCUGGAAGGAGGCCAGGUAGUUAUUCAAAGCCUAAAGUUAUUGAAGAAGAUGAUUCUGAUCAGCCAAAACGACCAAGAGGUCGCCCCAAGGGGUCAAAAAACAAAAGGGGAAGGAAGAAAAAAACAAAAAAUGUACGUAAGAAAAAAAAUAAUGCAGCCACUUACUCUGAUGCUGAGUUUGAAGAAAUGCUGCAGGAGCAUGAGUCAGAUAAAUCAGAAUUACCCAAGGCAGAAGAGGCUUCCAGUAACCCUGAGGAAGAAGCAGCUUUAUAUUUAAUUAGCCAAACACAUCAACAGAACCACAAUGAACAAGAGGACCCUAAUGAGUACCACCAUUAUCAGUUUUUACCACAAGAGCAUCAAUCACAAUCAGAAACUCAUUCUAACAAGCCCAAUGAUUCUCUGUCAAUGCCCCACAUUCCUGUUGGGCAGCUCCAUGUUGCUAUGCCUCACACUCCAUUGCAAACACAUGUUCAGCAAACACAUGUUCAGCAAACUCAUGUUCAUCAAACUCAUAUUCAUCAGUCACUUGCCCAACCUCAAAAUCUUACACAAUCUCAAAAUCUAGUACCCCAAAACCUUACACAAUCUCAAAAUCUAGUACCUCAAAAUCUUACACAGUCUCAAAAUCUAGUUCAACCCCAAAAUCUUACACAGUCUCAAAAUUUAGUUCAACCUCAAAAUCUUACACAAUCUCAAAAUCUAAUUCAACCCCAAAAUCUUAUUCAACCCCAAAAUCUUGUACAGCCUCAAAAUCUUGUUCAAUCCCAAAAUCUUGUUCAACCUCAAAAUCUUUCUCAAUCUCAGAAUCUUAACCAGCCUCAAAAUCUUUCCCAACCACAGCAUCAUUCACAACCACACAACCUCUCUCUUGCACAGAGUUUAUCACAACCACAAAACCUAUCCCUUGCCUCCAAACUUGUUCAAUCUCAAAGUAUUCAUCAGCCUCAAAAUCUAUCACAGCCUCAGAAUCUUUCCCAACCACAGAAUUUAUCACAACCUCAGAGUCAGUCUCAGCCCCAUAAUUUAUCCCAUACUCAGACAGUUUCCCAGCCUCAGAAUCUCUCUCAGUCCCAAAAUUUGCCACAGUCAUGUUUGGCUCAGCCUCAGAAUUUGUCUCAACCACAAAAUCUGUCACAAAAUGAUAGUUUAUCUCAACCUCAAAAUCUUUCUCAGCCUCAAAAUUUAUCCCAGCCUCAGAAUUUGAGCCAGUCUCAUGUAUCACUUCAAGAUCAUCUGACACAACUUACACAACCUCAUCAAAUACAUAUGGUUUAUUAUAAUUCAUGAACAUAAUUUAUGCUAAAGCUUGAUUGCAUAGUACAUAUUUGUAAAAACAUUUAUAAUUGAUACAAGUAUAGAAAAGCAUUAUUAAUAUGUUUUUGGAGGAAAGUGUAUGUAUAAAACAGUAUUAUGAUCAGUGUAGGUGCAAGAGUAUUGUAAGGACUGUACCGUAAAAAUAUUGGCAGCAAUUAUGACAAAAUGUUCUAUUAGCAGUACUAAAGAUUUUUGAACAGAAUUAUCUCAAAACGAAAAUGGCCUAAUCCUGUUGCCUGUUUCUGUCUUUAUUCAUAACCUCACCAGCUGCAGUAUAGCCCCUGCAGUAUUACUGGUACACUAAUGUUAAUGUGAAAAGUCAUAAACACCAAGAAGUGUUUACACUCUUUCAUAUUAACAUGAAUGUACGAGUAUAUAUAUGCUGAGAGUUUACUUUGAUCUUUGUUAUAUUGAUUAAAGUAACUCCAGUUGGUGGUGUACAAAUAACAUGCAGUCCUAAUGACUCAUGUAAUCGAUAGGUUUAAACCUGAUAAACCAACCAUGCUAAUAUUAAUGUGACCCUUUUACCACUUUUGUAUCAUAAUGAGCCAUCAAUGGUCUUCCUGUCAUUUUUAUUACAUUGCCUUCAUGCUCUGGUGAUUCAACAAAUAUGCUGAUGAAAAACAAUCUUGAGAUAUUCUACUUACUUUUUCUAAUAUUUCUUUCUUAUUAGAUAUGUUCUAUGUUAUUUUAUUUCAUAUACAGCAUUUAGUUGCCACAUAUCUGUCUGUCUAUAGUUUUGAUGCCUUACGUUAGAUGGUGUAAAUAUAUAUUUUUUCUAAAUAUCUUUCUAAUUGCAAAUUAAGAAAUGCAGAUAUGGGUCAUCCAUAUGCAAGAUUCAAAAUGUUUGAAGGACAGUAUGAUAUGUAUUCAGAUUUUUUAUACAGUGAUUACCUAUUUGUAGCUCAUAAUUUAGGUUAUUGUAUGUUGUUUUUCUAUACAGUAUCUUUGAUAUCUUGUUCCCCAUUGUGACUUAUUUAGUAUUUUCUAUAAGGAUCAAACCUGCCAUGUCACAAGCACGAAAUAUAAUACAGUAUUGACAAAAGCCAACGUCCCGCUUAGGCCCAUCAUUUCAGGCAUUGGCAGUGCUGUUCCUCAUAAAUUAGCUGGAAAUCAACCCAAGCAUUUAUCAAAACUUUUGGGGACAAUCAGCUACAUACAUUCAAAAAAUUCAGGCAACCUCAACCAUGUUAAACACAUUAAUGUUAGAAACAAGAUAUUGGCAAGCCUGGCUAUAACUUCUUUGUUUACAUCCAUCCACAUGACCCAGACUCUUGAAUCUCUUCAAAGGAAGAUCAGGUAUCUUGUUAAGGAUUUUCUAAUGUUAACUCUAUACAUGUAAAACUUUGGCAUGGCAGUGGGGUCUCCCAUUAGAAAUUCACCCCUUUGUGGAAUGUGGAUUAAAUCUGAGUUCCUCAUAACAUUUAGAAGGUUCAACAUCCCCCACCUACAACAAAGGCUCAACCUAACUGAGCCUUCCACUAAAUUCACACUUGAAGAGGAAUGAGCAGACAAACUUUUCUUCCUUGGUAUGCUCCUUUCAAAAUGUAUAAGAAACCAACUAAUAAGGACAAUUUAAUGCACUUCCACUUAGAUCAUGACAAGAUGAAACGUUAGCUGUCAUUGAAUUCUGUCCAAGGGCAUACACGGUAUGUAGCCCUUAACACUUUAAGGAUAACUGUGGCUACUUUCACUGGGUCUUCUCUAGACUACACUUUCCCUCACAUUUUGUCAAUGAAUUUUAGACACUGCUCUGCAAAUCACUAACACCCCCACACUUAACAUAUCUCUGAUAAGCUUUGCCAGCAGUAAGAAGGCUAAUAAUAUUUCUAGUGCCUUCUCUAAAUAUUACCAUUAGAGACUUAACCAGCAAGAAAUCUGCAAGUCUAGUUGAAACUAAAGCUGAAAUUUACGUCAUAUGUGGAGAAUGAGUGUAAGUGUGCCUGCUAUUCUGACAAUGUUAAUACCUGUGUUACAUUCUUUUUGAUUAUAAUAAUAAUAAUACCUGUGUUACAGAAAUAGAUACAACCACUUGCUGAAGUAGAAUGGUUUACAUAGCCAUUACUGGUUAGAAUUUCCAAUCAUUUGUCUUAAUAUAGCUAUACAGAACACAGGGUGUUUCAGAUGUCUCCAGAGUUUUAGCUAAAUGAACUGCAGACUAUCAGGACAGGUAUCAGAUGUUGUCAUCAGUAAUUUUAUGCAAUUGGCUUACACUACAACUGACCACCAUGCUACUAUAUAUAUCUCUUGUUUUGCUGUUUCUGCAUUGGAUGGCUCUGGUGGUCUGGUGGUUAACGCUCUCGCUUCACACGGUGAGGGCCUGGGUUCGAUUCCCAGCCAGAGUAGAAACAUUGGACGUGUUUCUUUCCACCUGUUGUCUAUGUUCCCCAUCAGUAAAAUGGGUACCUGGGUGUUAGUCGACUGGUGUGGGUCGCAUCCUGGGACACUGACCUAAGGAGGCCUGGUCACAGACCGGGCCGCGGGGGCGUUGACCCCCGGAACUCUCUCCAGAUAAACUCCAGAUUAAGCCCCUGAUAGGCAAAACCUGUCCAUACUAAAGUUAUCCUGGCAUAAUUUCCUCCGUACAUUGAAGAUUCUUGAGGGGUCACCCAAUUCAUCUGUUAAAAGAUUUCUACAAUUACUGUCAUUAAGGAAUAAGAAUAUGGAAAGACUGGGAGGGUUGCUUUAGUAUGUACUGGUGAGAAUAGCAUGUAUGUCUUGCAAUUAGCAGACAGAAGGUAGAAUCUCCACCACUCCUUUUCCCGAAUAAUGAACAUCGAUUUAGCACUUCAUGUAAAUAUAACAGUACGGUAAUAAUCAGCAUGUGUAGAACAUACCGGUAUAUGUGAGAAACAGGAUGAAAGACAAAAAAAAAAAGGCUGUCAGGUACAAGCUAAGAAAAAUAAAGAAUGGGAAUUACUGUGACCCAUAAAAUAAAUAUUAAUGAUAGGAGAGUAGUACAUGUAUUCAUUAAAAGGACAGUAUAAAAUGGAAAAAAAAUAUAUACUGUACAGUACUGCAUUGUACUGUAUUUGUCAAAAAGAAGAAACUUUCACUGGUGAAUGGGUACGUCAUCUAUGUGGUCUUUUUCGUUAAUACUGUACAUUAAUUCAGAAUAGAUGACAAAAAAAAAAAGUAAGAAACGUGUGAUCUCAAAAUACAGGGCUGACUUGAGUAUAUACCCAAAAAUUCUAUCAACAAAUAAGGAAAGGUAAUAAAAAAUUUGAUAUGUCUGCUUCUCCAACAGUAGUGCUUCUGAGAGCCACUUGGGUUUACCAGUUCAAAAGUUAUAAUUUUUUUUUUUUUUACAACUGGGUAAAACUAUGUAUAACAUUUUAAAUACAGUACAGUAGGGCAAUAGCCCCACUGUACUGGGGCAAUAGCCCCACUCCACAAAGGGGACAGUAAAGCAAUAGCAAAGAACUACAGACCGAUAGCACUAACAUCCCAUAUCAUAAAAAACUUUGAAAGGGUCCUAAGAAGCAAGAUUGCCACCCAUCUAGAUACCCAUCAAUUACACAACCCAGGACAACAUGGAUUUAGAGCAGGUCGCUCCUGUCUGUCUCAGCUACUGGAUCACUAUAACAAGGUCCUAGAUGCACUAGAAGACAAAAAGAAUGCAGAUGUAAUAUAUACAGACUUUGCAAAAGCCUUUGACAAGUGUGACCAUGGUGUAAUAGCGCACAAAAUGCGUGCUAAAGGAAUAACAGGAAAAGUUGGUAGAUGGAUCUAUAAUUUCCUCACAAACAGAACACAAAGAGUAGUAGUCAACAGAGUAAAGUCUGAGGUGGCUACGGUAAAAAGCUCUGUUCCACAAGGCACAGUACUCGCUCCCAUCUUGUUUCUCAUCCUCAUAUCUGACAUAGACAAGGAUGUCAGCCACAGCAUCGUGUCUUCCUUUGCAGAUGACACCCGAAUCUGCAUGACAGUGUCUUCCAUUGCAGACACUGGAAGGCUCCAGAUGGACAUCAACCAAAUCUUUCAGUGGGCUGCAGAAAACAAUAUGAAGUUCUUCGAUGAGAAAUUUCAAUUACUCCGAUAUGGUAAACAUGAGGAAAUUAAAACUUCAUCAGAGUACAAAACAAAUUCCUUCCACAAAAUAGAGUGAAAAACCAACAUCAAAGACCUGGGAGUGAUCAUGUCGGAGGAUCUCACCUUCAAGGACCAUAACAUUGUAUCAAUCGCAUCUGCUAGAAAAAUGACAGGAUAGAUAAUGAGAACCUUCAAAACUAGGGUUUGUUCUAUCUAGGCUGGAAUAUUGCUGCACACUAACAGCACCUUUCAAGGCAGGUGAAAUUGCUGACCUAGAAAAUGUACAGAGAACCUUCAUGGCGUGCAUAACAGAGAUAAAACACCUCAAUUACUGGGAGCGCUUGAAGUUCCUGAACCUGUACUCCCUGGAACGCUGGUGGGAGAGAUACAUGAUUAUAACACCUGGAAAAUCCUAGAGGGACUAGUACCGAACUUGCACACGAAAAUCACUCACAACGAAAGCAAAAGACUCGGCAGACGAUGCAACAUCCCCCCAAUGAAAAGCAGGGGUGUCACUAGCACGUUAAGAGACAAUACAAUAAGUGUCAGGGGCCUGAGACUGUUCAACUGCCUCCCAGCAUACAUAAGGGAGAUUACCAAUAGACCCCUGGCAGUCUUCAAGCAGGCACUGGACAAGCACCUAAAUUCGGUACCUGACCAGCUGGACUGUGGCUCAUGUGUUGGAUUGCGUGCAGCCAGCAGUAACAGCCUGGUUGAUCAGGCUCUGAUCCACCAGGCAGCCUGGUCACAGACCGGGCCGCGGGGGCGUUGACCCCCGGAACUCUCUCCAGAUAAACUCCAGGUAACUUAAAAUUGCCUAUAGCAAUUCAUUUUAACCUAUAGCAAUGACGGAAUUUCAGGCACAAAUAAACUCAGUGGAAGUUUUUAUUAGUAGAGUAAAUGCAUAUCAAUAUUUAAACAAUAAGAGACUUAAUAUAAUAAAGGCAAAAUAAUUGUAAUUUUUUUUUAAAUAUAUACAGUACCAUUCUGUAUUGCAAAAGCUGACAACUAAGUUUGUGGCUUGUUGAAGACUACAAUAAAUAUGCAUGAUACCCCAAACUAAAUUAUUAUUAUCAUGAUAUUUAGGGAAGCACAAUGCUCAUAGGAGUCAUACAGUGCCCGGGGAGUGGGAGGCAAUUGGGUUUGAUCCAAGGAAGUAGAGGACAAGAUAGCAGCACCCUUGAGGGGACACCUGACUACAGAUUAUUAGUUUUAUAUUGGUACCUUAUAUACUAGAAUAAAUACAGGUAGUGAAGUCCUUUUUUCAUUAUCAGUGACCAUGUAAAGAUUUUUAAUAAAGUUCUUAAAAGCUAAA